ACAGAAAGGCAUUUUAGUUGUCUUUACCAGUCUUUUUAAGCUUGAGACUCUCUGAGGGGACAUUAUAGUUUUACGAUGCUGUAAAAUCACCUUUAAAGCAUAAGCCAACUGUAAUUAUCUCAAAUGUUCAGAGUGAAAUCUAAUCAAAGGUAAUUUAACUCCAUGUCUGCUUUAUUUAAUGUGGUCCAUGCAGAAUAUCAUUUUAACUGUUGAUUUAUACAUGCUUUAAUUCAUAGGCAUGCUUUUUGCGAACAUAUAAAGGUGUGUGUUCUAACAAUGACAGUUUAAACUGGAGGUGGUUGGUUAUUACACUCAGCUGAACUACCUCAGCUGCCGUAAUUGUAUGGAUAUUUUAGUGCACCAAACAUAAUGUCACUUCUGUUGAGGCUUAAAUAAGAACCUUCUAGAGCAGCAUUACAAUUUUUAAACUAUACUUUGCUUUGCUCAAGCCAUUGAGACAAACUGCUCCACCUAAACAUGCAGUGGAGAUGUUUUGUCUUCUCAGUGAUGCUUAUCAAAUAGAGUUCUUUCUGAAAAUCAGUUUUUUCAUCAAAAAUCUUUCGUGCUUUUUAAAUGGGGUUCAGGAAGCACACUGUUUUUUAUCACUGCCUCUAUAUUACUGUGGCUACACCAAAAAGAACAAAAGAAAAAACUGCUAGUAAAUUCCACUAUUAAUUACAAAGAAAAGUAACCCAUUGCAUUAAGUACAUUUUUGAAGUAGAAAGACUGAAUUAGUAUUUUCUUGCGAAACAUGCUCCAUUAAUAUAUAUUUUUUUGUCUUUGACAACUAUAUUUUUACAGUAUACAUAGUAUGUUUUCCUUACAUUAUAAAUAAUGUGAACAUUUCACUUAUGAAUUCCUCCCUUCACUUUUGCCUCGCUCCGGUUCUCAUGUGCUCACUAAAAUCUCUCAGAUACCUGUUCACGAAUCAGACGACACAGGCAAUACCCAUGUAAUAUGAUUUCACAUCUGCUCUUAAUGGUCACAAAGUUUACAUCUGCUGCAAAAAGAUUUAUGAUUUAAUCAAUAUCUACAACUUUGAGUUGGCUACAUGUAUUAAUAUAAAGAUAAUGAAUAAUGGUAAUGAGAUAUAGCACUGAAUGAUCCGCGCAUCUUUGUUAAAUCAAUGUUUAAUUUCCCAAGCAUAAUUUUGUACAGCCUAAUAAACCUUGAUAGACUGAGUUCAGGAGAUUGUGUUCCUUGUCCAGUCACUGUGUUGAGUCUGUAGAAGGAUACAUCGUGUUCUCUGUAAUACAAGGCUCAAGUCUGGUGGUCACACGUGUGUUUGUGUUUGCUCUGUGAGUUGAGAAGCAGAGUGUUCUGUUCUUUUCACCUUCAGUGGUUCUCUGACAAUGUCUCUGGUGUUGUGAUUAUUAGGGUACAACAGAUACAUCUAAUCUACAUUUCAAACCACGCUUGUACAUGUUCCUUACUCCGUUCGUUUGCAAUAUAUCCAUGAAAUGGAAUUCAGAAUGUUCCAUUGCCUCACAAUACAUGAACUUGGUGGCAGGAUGUAUGUAACAGGAUGCUGCUGGUCACCAUUGAUUUUCCCACAAGACAAACACAGGUCUAAGCCUGUGGAGGAAACACCAGGCAAGGAACUCCAGGUGCUUGUAUGUCGAGAAGAAAAAGUAGUCUGUGGCGUUACCAAGCACACAACCUGCGCAGAUGUAGUCAAGGCUUUAUUGGAGGACCACCAGACUUUACCAGAGAGUAAAAGGCUACUACAUGGGGAACCUAAAGACUUCUGCAUCCUGGAACGGUGGAAGGGCUUUGAGAGAGCACUGCCACCUCUCACUCGAAUUCUUCGGCUAUGGAAUGCUUGGGGCGAUGAGAGACCUUUCAUACAGUUUGUCCUCAUGAAGAUCAGUGAUUUUGUGCCAUCAUCCAAAGGAGCCAAAAGAGGCUCGAAGUCUCGGGGAGUGAGGUCUAAAAGAUGGGAGCAAGGACCUGCACAGUACGCCAAGGCUGUAUCUGCGGAGAAGCAGAAGCGCAUGGUGAAGAAGGCCUUCCGCAAAUUGGAGAAGAUCCAGAAAUCAGAGACAUCAGAGGGAUCAGGAGAGAUCAGUAAGCUAGUGCAGUUGAUCAUCUCACAGGAUCAGACCAUCCGGCAGCAGAUUCACCAAAUGCGGGAGAUAGACUUGGAGAUUGAACAUGCAGAGGAACAGCUGAGCAACAGCCCCACACCUCGCUCCAGCAUCACAGAAAGUGAUGGUGGCCAGUCGUUGUCCCAAUUUGACAACCAGCUUCAGGAGUACCUGUACACCAGUGAUGGACUCGAGCAACUAGAACUACAUGUUUGCAGGCACCAAGAACUCAUUGAUCAGCUCUCUCAAGAUAUUGACCUGGAGCUGAGGAACUGGACUUCAGAUUUAGACGACUUGAAAGGAGCAGCAGCUGCAAGUCCAGAACUAGAGCUGGAACCUAACCUCUCACUGUCCUCCUCAGAUCUCUUAGAGCUGGAAACUUUACGCAGUGAACUUGAGUCAAACAUGAGAGCUGGGCUUUCCCUCCAUGCCCAAACGCAGGAAAUUGAGAAGGAAAUACAGCGGAACAAAACAGCCAUGCAGUCCCAGAACCAAGAAUACCAGCAUCUGGUUGCCCAACUCAAUGCACUUGAGCUGGGGGCCUGUCCAGACCAGCCUAGCCCUCUAUCUCUGAAGACCCAGAUCAGGGCCACUGUCUCUCAGCAGACAGCAGGCAAGGUCAGGCUGACAUGCUCCCCUACAGAUGCGACAGACACGGACUCAGACACUGGAAUAAGCUCUACUCACAGUCAGGACUCGCUGUCUCCCUGUGUGGACAGGUCACCUCCACUGGACACCGACGUUUAAGUUCAGGAUUAACCAAUUGUGUUUUUAAGACAUUGUAUUUAAUGACUCCAACAAGGAAACACACAGUUGAAAGGGACAUUCCACCCAAAAAUUAAAAUUUUGUCAUCAUUUACUCAGCGUCAUGUCAUUCCAAACAGAAGUUUACCAUUAGCCCUUUCACAAAAAUCUGAAAUUACAUCAGCGCAGGGUAAAGUUAGUUCCGUUACAGGUCUGCGCCUAUUAUAUCUGUAUGCCCUUUUCUCAAAUAAUUCUUCUUACCUUUUCUGUUUUGUCUGUUUUCCAAGUAUGUUGUUAUAUAAUCUAUAAAGAAAUAACAUUUUACUUGUUUGUAACUUAUAUGGCCACUCAGACCGCUGACUCGUGAGUUAAUCCACUUAACAUAGCACCGCAUGGUUUCUAUUCUCCGUCUCCGGCAAAGUCCCUUUUUUAAGUAGUCUUUGAUCUCCGGUACAUUUGAGCGUAUUACUCUCAAUUCCCUCGAAUCACCACUUCAUGAUAAAUUACUUCAAAAUGACAACAUUUAUGACCAGAUGCACAUUUUUCCAAAAAUACAUUAAACAAUUCUCAGUCCAGUUGAAGCAUAUUAAACUCAAUACAACAACGUAAUCCCGAUAGAAUAGGAACAAAGCCAUGAAUCUGAGUAUGGACAAAACACUGAGACAUUUCUCAAAAUAUCUUCUUAGAAGAAAGAAAUACAUGUGGUUUUGGAACAAUAUGAGGGGGAGUAAAUGAUGGCAAUUAUUAUUUUUUUGGCUGAAAUACCCCUUUAAACUAAUUUGUGCUGUUACGGUUAUACUAUAUAGAUAUUGAUGCAGAAAUGAACUAUGUGAAUUCAUGAUUAUCAUCUUAUGUUUUUUCUCUUUAUUAGAAUUCAUACGUUCUUAAAUUCUAAAUUAUGUAAAAUAACUUUAAAAAGCUGAAAAAUAUAACAUUUUUGGGUUUCAUUCAUCUUUAAAAUUACCCCUCUGAUUUUGUUUAUUUUAAAUCCUGCUGAUAUUUAUUAAGCCCAAAUUUGUGUUCACCUAAAUACAAAGUUCAGCUAUAUAUAUUGUCAAUACUGUUUUUAAAGAAAAAAUAUUUUGAUGUAAUCUGUAAAUAUCAAUAGCACUAUAAAAAUGUUUAUAACUAGAUGAACAAGGUAUGAAUGAACGCAAAAUUGUUUUAUAUUAAAACAAACUAGACUUUGCAUAUAAGCUUUACUUUUUAACCUGUUUCUGUUUUUUAAAUAUACAGUCUGAACAGGUGACUGCACAAAUUGCAAAAUACAGAGAUAAAAGUUAUCACAUAUGCAUAAAUUAUUUUUUUCUUUAAAAUGUUUUGAACUACAUUCAAAUUAUUUUGCAGCUUGGAGCCUUUUCAGCAUAGCAAUUUCCCAUCCCAUGCUUUUGCGAUGUAAGAUGUGUUAUCAACUAUAGUUUGUAGACUGUGACUCAUGUUCCCUUCACAGCUAAAGUGGGUUGAGACAGCACUCGGUGAAAGAAUCCAUUCUGACACUAAUACAAACACAAGGAAUAUUUGAAUUCUAAUGGGAAAACCUUUGUACAUUUCUUCAGUCACUGCCAGUAAAGAGACAUUCGAGCCCUUUUGCUUCAAGUAAUUGCCUCAUCCUUUCUUUAAAACCAGCGAACAGCAGAGACUUAGCAGUCCUAUUAGACUGCGGUCUCAUUGCUUCAUUGAAUUAAUGCAGGGUCUUUAAUGCCAAGUUCCUGAAGGGUAACAACGUGUUACGCCGUUGUCAUUCAGCGUGACUCAUAACAAAUGGGAUUUUAAAGAAGGCUCCAUUUUGUAAUGCAAAACAAAUGGGUUUUAAAAACUUGCAUUAUGCAGCAGGCCUUGAUAUUCAGAGGGUGUUAAUGAAGCCUUGCUUCAUUGGCUGCUUCAGAGUGCCGGCUUCGCACUGAGAUAAUAACCAAAUUCCCCUUCAUUGGCUCUGAUCCCACACAGCACCCCCUGCAGGGUGUUGGCAAUACAAAGUCCGAAGGCUCUUUAAUGUCUCCACUGUCAGCGUCGUGACUUGUUUACCUCCACUGUCAGUUCAGGAGGAUCCAGAGAGCUGCCAGGACUCUGUCGUGGCCGUAAUUUCCUGUGUGAAAACGGCAAUUACUGACUUUUAUCUCUGCUGCAGUAGUAUUUCCAGCACUAACAAUUACACCGGCCAAUUCUUGUAAACAGUCCUUUAAGAUUGUGUCAGAACAGCUCCCCCAUGUUGAACUUUCAAUUACGAAGACUUGUGCAUCCUCCCAGGCAGAAAAUAGUGAAGUGGUAUAAAAAGGGAUGAGGAAGGGACUUUUGCAUGGCCAUCAUGUAACAAGACACUUGUAUUUUCCUUCACUAGAUCAAGGAACCUGUCCUGACUAACUUUUUACAUUUCAUAAACACAUUUUUUGUGUGUAGUUUUUGAUCCAACAAGUGAUUGAAUCGUCUCAAGACAAAAUAAUCCUGUCGCCUGCAUGCUGUAAUCUUCAAAAACAACAGUCACAUUAUCUUGUCAGUUUGCCUUGAGUUUCCUGAAUGGGCUUUUUUCCACUUUUGCCAGUGAUUUGUAUGUUAAUGUGUCUCUCAUACAUACCAAUAAGUUUUGAACUUGUACCAAAAAGCAAAUAAACUAAUUUUAGGAUCUCUUUUA